UGCCGUAGCUUCGUUGUGAUUGGUUGUGACGGAACAAAAUGGCGCCAGCCGUGUACUAGCAAAACCGAGUAGUUUGUUGGCUGAAAUUUUGUUGAUUUUCUUUAUUGUUGUGAAGCUGCAGAGCAACAACAUUAGUAGUCUCCUCUACCUGAUUUAUGUAAGGAACACCAGCCUGGAUUAUUCUCUCUGCAACGCGACGUUCGGGGAGAAGCAGCACGAAAGAUGCCAGCCUUCCAUCAAGUAGGAGAGAAGCAGCUUCCUAACACCGUCUUGUUCAUGGCAUGGUCGCCCAGGAGAGACCUGAUUGCUCUGGCCAGCACCACCGGGGAGCUUCUGCUACAUCGCUUGGUGAACUUCCAGCGGGUGUGGAGCCUGGCGCCCAGCGAGCACAUCGGCAAGGAGAUCAGCGCACUGGCCUGGAGACCCGACGGCAAAAUUUUGGCCUUCAGCUUGGGCGAUACAAAACAGGUGGUUCUGUGCGGUGUGGAGAAAGCGGAGGUUCUCCACGUGUUCCUCAUGCAGGAGCCGGUCAGCUGCAUGUGCUGGAUGGAGGUGACAGGGGAGAGCAGUGCCCUGGGCUCCUUUUGUCAGUCAGAAGAUGAAUCCAAGCUGUUCCUCCCCAAACUAGCAUCGCUGCCCAAAAGCUACAGCACAACAUCCAUGCUCUUUAGCGAGGAAAAGUCUGACAAGAUCAUGAACCUGCUGGGAGAAGUCAGGCUGAACAUACUUGCCCUUGGAGGAGAGGCAGGAAACGUGGAGCUUUACGCCUACGGCAUGUACAAGAUUGCAUCCUUAGCCGCUGUUGCAGGACGUUGUCGCAGCAUCAGUCUGGCCAGCGACCUCAAGUCUCUGGUGGUCAUCACUGAGGUGAGGUCGGCUGAGGACCAUCCAGAGAUCUCCUUUGUUCAGCUGGACACGGGCCUGCUGUCCGACUGCCUGCCCGAGCUCACCAGGAUGGCGCGCAAGUUCACCCACAUCUCCACCCUGAUGCAGUACCUGCACCUGUCGCUCACGUGCAUGUGUGAAGCGUGGGAGGAGAUCCUCAUGCAGAUGGACCUCAGGCUCACCAAGUUUGUGCAGGAGAAGAACACCAGCACUCAGGUGCAAGACGAGUUUCUGGAGCUGCUUCUGUGGGGACAGUCCAGUCCUGAACUGCAGGCUCUUCUUGUCAACCAGCUGACUGUCAAGGGCCUGAAGAAGCUGGGCCAGACCAUUGAAUCAUCUUACUCCAGCAUCCAGAAGCUGGUCAUCAGCCAUCUGCAGAGCGGCUCAGAGGCACUUCUCUAUCACCUGAGUGAAGUCAAGGGAAUGUCGCUUUGGAAGAAGAAAUUCCAACCCCUCGGUCUUCAUUCAGCUGCAAUAGAAGAUGCUAUUACGGCUGUGGGCUCUUUUUCCUUGAAGACAAGUGAACUUCUGCAGGUGAUCGACAAGAGCAUGAAAAAUUUCAAAGCCUUCUUUCGCUGGUUGUACGUUGCCAUGCUGAGAAUGUGUGAUGAGCACGUGCCUCCAGAGCUCAACAAGAUGACCCAGAAGGACAUCUCGUUUGUGGCAGACUUCCUGUCAGAGCAUUUCAGUGAAAAUGAACAACUAUUUGAUCGUAAAGGGAAAUACUUCAAUGUAGAGCGUGUUGGUCAGUACCUCAAGGACGAGGACGAGGACCUUGUAUCGCCGCCAAGCACCAAGGGGAACCAGUGGGUGAAGUUCUUACAGGACAGCACAAACCUGAAGGACAGUCCUAUGUUGUUUCCUUCAUUCCCACAAAAGUCUUUGCACUUUGUCAAGAGGUUGAUGGAGAACGCCAUCGAGCUGUGUCUGCAGAAGCCAGCGGAAGUCAUUGGGAAGUCUGUCAGACAGGCUGUCUGUCUACCUUUGUACACUGCACAUGUCAGCCUCAACAAUGCACCAGCACUCUUUCAGCUGCCGUCCUUGUGGAAUGACAAGAAGGCCAACAUGCACCACGUGCUCUUCUGCAUGCCACACCUCUCGCCGCACAAACUCUACCUGCUCCGCAAAGCAAGCGACCCCAACAGACACGUCCCCAACUGCGUCACGUCCAUCGACCUGAGCCACCAUUUUGAUGCCGGAGACAGCGAGAACUUAGAAGGCCGAGCCCAUCACGUCUACAGCUGCCUGGAUGCUCGUUUCUAUAGCGACGACAUGUUGACUGUGGUCCUCCAAGGACAGGAAGACAAUGCUUGCAGCGUCCUGGCUCAACUUCCUCUUCCUUCUACUCUGCACACUGACACUCACUUUGUCUGGAAGCCCAAUACCAGCUUGGACCAGCAGGGCGGCGCCAUACCGUGCCAAGGACUGGUGCUGGGGACUCAGCGCCGCCGCCUGGAAGGCAUGAAGGCUCAGUUCGUGGCCGUCAACGGCGUGCGAGAAGUGGCGUGUGUGCUGAGCGACAACCUGCGCCACCUGCGCGUCUUCGAAAUGGACAUGGAGGACGAAGACGAGGAGGCGGGCGAGCAGCACAACGCCAGCGCCGACCACAACGGGCUGGAAGUUUCCAUGCAGGAGCUUGGACCAAGUGACCGGCGUCUGGACUCACAGGAAGCUUCUGACCAAGACCCGCAGGCACUUGGACCAAGUGACCGGCCUCUGGACUCACAGGACACUUCUGAGCAGGAACUUGGACCAAGUGACCAGCGUCUGGACUCACAUCAAGAUUCUGAGCAGGUACUUGGACCAAGUGACCAGCUCCUGGACUCACAAGAACUGUAGUUGUCUUUGACUUUGUACUUUCUGGACCUUGUCAAAGUCUUGCUGACAGCACAAGUCAACAAUGAUGGACACUCCAGGUUCUUUUGCAUAUAAAAAAAGGUUCAUUGAG